AUGACAGCUUUCCCAAAUGUUGACAUUGCAAAUAAGUGGGCUAAGCAAGUCGUUUCUAACAAAAUUCCUGCAUGUAAAUGGGUGAAAUUAGCCUGUGAACGCCACUUAAAUGACUUAAAAAACAGUAAAAAUAAAGAAUUUUUAUAUAAAUUUGACCCUAAAUUAGCUGAAAAAAAGAUAGCUUUUAUUGAAUUGCUGCCCCAUACAAAGGGCGAAUGGGCUAUGAAACGAAUGUUGAUUUCGUUAGAGCCUUGGCAGAAAUUUGGGAUUGCUUGUACUUUUGGUUGGGUGCGUAAAAAAGAUGGAUAUCGUCGCUUCCGUGAAAGUUACUGGAAUGUUCCUCGUAAAAAUGGCAAGUCUGCAAUUGCUGCAGGUGUUGCCCUUAACAUGUUUGCCAAUGAUGGUGAAUUUGGAUCGGAAGUUUAUGCAGGUGCAACCACAGAAAAACAAGCAUGGGAAGUGUUUAAACCAGCUCGCUUAAUGGCAGUACGUUCACCUGACUUUGUAGAAGCGGCAGGCAUUCAAAUUAAUGCUGGUAGUCUGGAAAUCCCAGAUGAUGGAUCAAUCUUUGAGACAAUUAUUGGUGAUCCACCUGAUGGACAGUCACCACAUUGCGCGAUUGUCGAUGAGUUCCAUGAGCAUCCAACAUCAGCCAUGUAUGACACUAUGCAGACUGGUAUGGGAGCACGAAGACAACCGCUUAUAUUUACCAUCACAACUUCUGGAUUCAAUAUUGAUGGGCCUUGCUACGAUUUACAGGUUCGUGUUCAAGAAAUGCUUGAAGGCACGGUACCAGAUGAUGAGUUGUUUGGCUUCAUUUUCACAAUUGAUGAAGGUGACGAUUGGACCGACCCAAAGGUUUUACGUAAGGCAAAUCCAAAUUACGGUGUAUCCGUUUAUGGGGAUUACCUAGAGUCACAGCAACGACGCGCCAUACAGAGCGCUUCAAAGCAAAAUGCUUUCAAGACAAAACAUUUAAAUAUUUGGGUUUCUGCAAAAUCUGCUUUCUUCAAUAUGGAGCAGUGGAACAAAUGUAAAGAUUCAAAACUGAAAAUUGAAGAUUUUAGAAAUGAUCCUUGCAUGAUUUGUGUGGAUUUAUCUUCAAAAAUUGAUAUAGCAGCGCGUAUUAACCUUUUCUAUAGAGUUAUCAAAGGAAAGAUUCACUAUUACAGUGUUGCACCACGUUUUUACUUGCCCUAUGACACUGUUUACAACGGUGAAGAAAAGCAAGUAAUUGAGCGCUAUCAGAAGUGGUUAAAUCAAGACUUAUUAACUGUUUGUGAUGGAUUUGAAAAUGAUUUAAAUGAAAUUGCUGAAGAUAUUUUAAAUGAUGCAAUUGAAAUGAAAAUUCAAGAAGUCCCAUACGAUGAAUGGGGUGGAUUUCAAAUAUCUAAACAAAUUGAUGAUGCAGGCUAUACAUCAAUCAAAAUUCCUAAAAUUACCAAAACGUUCUCGCCAGCAAUGAAGGAAAUGGAGGCAGCGAUUGCAGCUGGAAGAUUCCAUCAUGAUGGCAAUCCAAUAUUAUCAUGGAUGGUUGGGAAUGUGAUUUCUAAAACUGGGAAAAACGAUACGGAAUUUCCAGAUAAGGAAAAGAGAUUUAAAAAGAUUGAUGGUGCGGUUGCAGGGUUGAUGGGCAUUAGUCGUAUUCUCACAUUAAUUAGUAAUCCUGAAGAGGAUGAUCUAUCGAGUCACAUUGAAAAACACGGGUCUACUCCCCUUGUUAUUUCUGGACCUGAUGAAUUGGCACGUAUUUUUGGUGCUGAAUUUGUCACAGGUACAGGACAGCCUGUUACGCCAUUGAGAGCCAUGCAACUUGCGAUUGUAUUUUCAUGUGUCCGAGUGCUUUCAGAAUCAAUGGGCAUGUUGCCAUGCAGAUUGUAUAAACAGGAAGGUAAGUACAAGCAUCCAGCUGUAAAUCAUAAAAUUUAUGAGCUUUUAAGCCUUGCACCUAAUGACUAUAUGACAGCUCAAGAGUUUUGGGAAUUGCUUAUGGUUUGCUUGUGCUUAAGGGGUAACUUCUACGCCUACAAGGUUUAUGCAUUUGGUGAAGUUGUUGAAUUACUUCCUCUUGAUCCGAGUUCAGUGACACCAAAGUUAAAAGAUGAUUGGACAGUUGAGUACCAGAAGAGCAUGGUUCUCAAUUAUUUAAGAAUGGUGCUGUUACUUCAGGUGUUUUGGAAACUGAAGAAUCUUUAA